CCGUCCUCAUGCCCUCACCAGGCAACCCCCCCAUUUUGGGGCCACCUUCCCUAAUUACCCAUCGGGACAGCAAGUAUCUAAUGACUUCUUCCUUUUUUUUUCUCUUUUUCAGGAACAAGGAAACCCAGUCCAAAAUUUGAAAAAUAAACCAUGAAGUGCAGUGAAAAGGACUCAGCAGAUUCCAAAGAAAGUGAUUUGGCGAGAAAGAAAUUGGACUGGUCCUGCUCGCUCAUCGUGGCAUCUCUCGUAGGCGCCUUCGGCUCCUCCUUCCUCUACGGGUACAACCUGUCCGUGGUGAACGCCCCCGCUCAGUACAUCAAGUCCUUCUACAAUGAAUCAUGGGAAAGAAGACACGGGCAUCCAAUAGACCCAGAUACUCUGACUCUGCUCUGGUCUGUGACGGUGUCCAUAUUCGCCAUCGGUGGACUCGUGGGGACUUUAAUGGUGAAGCUGAUCGGAAAAGUUCUUGGGAGGAAGUACACUCUGCUGGUCAACAAUGGAUUUGCAAUUUCUGCUGCAUUGCUGAUGGCCUGUUCUCUGCAGGCAGGAGUCUUCGAAAUGCUCAUUGUGGGACGCUUCAUCAUGGGCGUGGAUGGAGGCAUCGCCCUCAGCGCACUCCCCAUGUACCUGAACGAGAUCUCGCCCAAGGAGAUCCGUGGCUCUCUGGGGCAGGUGACCGCCAUCUUCAUCUGCAUUGGCGUGUUCACCGGGCAGGUGCUGGGCCUGCCUGAGCUGCUGGGAAAGGAGAGCACCUGGCCAUACCUGUUUGGAGUGAUUGCUGUCCCCGCCUUUGUGCAGCUGGUGAGCCUGCCCUUUCUCCCUGAGAGCCCGCGCUACCUGCUCUUUGAGAAGCAUGACCAGGCAGGAGCCGAGAAAGCCUUCCAGACUUUCCUGGGCAAAGAGGAUGUCUCCCGAGAGGUGGAGGAAGUCCUGACGGAGAGCUGCGUGCAGAGGAACGUCCAGCUGGUGUCCGUGCUGGAGCUGCUCCGGAGUCCCCUCGUGCGCUGGCAGGUCUUCACUGUGGUCGCCACCAUGGCCUGCUACCAGCUCUGUGGUCUCAACGCGAUUUGGUUCUACACCAAUAGCAUCUUUGGAAAAGCUGGGAUCUCACCAGAAAAGAUCCCAUACAUCACCUUGAGCACCGGUGGCAUCGAGACUUUGGCCGCCAUCUUCUCUGGCUUGGUCAUCGAGCGCCUAGGACGGAGACCCCUCCUCAUGGGCGGCUUUGGGCUGAUGGCCCUCUUCUUUGGGAUCCUCACCAUCACGCUGACACUGCAGGACCACGCCCCCUGGAUCCCAUACCUGAGUAUCGUGUGCAUCCUGGCCAUCAUUGCCUCAUUCUGCAGCGGUCCAGGGGGCAUCCCAUUCAUCUUGACUGGAGAGUUCUUCCAGCAAUCCCAGCGGCCGGCUGCCUUCAUCAUUGCAGGCACCGUCAACUGGCUCUCCAACUUCGCUGUUGGCCUCCUCUUCCCAUUCAUUCAGGAAAGUCUGGGCACCUACUGUUUCCUGGUCUUUGCCGCAAUCUGCCUCACAGGUGCUGUCUAUUUCUAUUUUGUCCUGCCUGAGACAAAAAACAGAACCCAGGCGGAAAUCAGCCAGGCAUUCGCCAAAAGGAACAAGGCAUACCCACCGGAGAACACUGACUCAGCUGCAUCUGACACUAAGGUGACCAGAAGGCCCGAGCCAGACCCCGCCUCCACUCUGGACAAUUAUGUCAAAAAUGGGGUCAUCUAAAUGGAUGAUCUCACCAUUCCAGGAAACCAAAGAUUUCCCUACAUGGUUAAUAGUAUUAAGUAUUUAAAAAUAAACCUUUGCUAAUCUAAUGUCACAACCAUUUGGGUUUUAUUCAUAGCUGAGUCUCCAAAGUCUUCUGGAAGGUGGAAGGGAUUUCAGCUUGUGUUUCUGUAGAUCCACCCUUCUUCUAUUUGGAUCAACGGCCUGUCUCCUUCAUGACUUAGCCCAUGGUUUCAAAAUGAAAUUGGGGAAAUAGCACUUGACAGCUUUUCUCAGAGGAAAACAGUAUAAGAAACAGGGGACACAGGGACAGGAAGCCACAGACUGAGGUGCUAGUUCCAUACGUAGCCUCGAGCUGCCUUCAGCCUAGGUCCUGGGGCCUUGAGGGGCCUUGGGCUUUGGUCCUAGAUGAAGGUUUUCGGAAUUUAGUGGAAAGACUCUUUGUACCUCCUAAUACAUACCUGUGACCAA